GAAUUUCCUGUCACCCAGACACAGCCAGGAUAUGCUAUUAUCAAUUCAAAGUAUGACGUGAAAUAUGGAUUUUCCUUCGGUUCUGCAAUAUGGCGAUACCUUAGAGAUCAAAGCGGAGGCUGGAAAGAAUUUUUUCUACUUGAGUCUGCUGUCCGAUUACUUGGCGUUCGAUCCUGUCCAAAUCGCCCAGCAUAGUGACUUGGAAAAUUGUCUCCCGAUGGUCCCAACUCAGCCGUUAGAAAUUCGACUGGAGAUUAAUGGAUGUUGGGAUGUGACCGCUAGCAGUCCUGAAGUGAGUACAAUAUCGCAUGGAACGACAGUAAGACGCUACGGGUUCCGAUCGGGCGAAGUCUUCACCUGCACCAUUGUCAUCGGGCGCGAACAAUUCGAAAUUAACCUGAACAAGAAUUUUUUGGCAAGUUCCGAACACUUGAUACCAGUUGGAUCCAUUCACGGGAUGAAAAUUGAGGGUGACUGUGUUAUUCGAAGCAUUUUAUAUGGGCAUCCCAUUGCUAUCGAGCACCACUACCGGGUGGCGGAACCCAACCCAGUUUCGUGUGAAAUCGUCGAAUGCCACCUAAACCUGGGACACCUGUUGUCGGAUGCUGUGGAUUCCGAUAAGGGAGAUAACUUCAACACCCAUGAACACCCACAUGACAGCCUUGGAUUCACUAGAAUUCAAGACAUAAAUUCUCUUGCUGAUGCACGAAAGUCUCAGUCCCAUGCAACGAAAUCAACGUCAUAUCAAUUGGCCUUUUCGCAAGAAUACAGUGAAGGGGAGGAUUAUCAAGUAGAUAUGUUCCAUAUAGGACUUACCCCAGAAAAGCCUUGAGACUGAAUUGACCACGCAGAAAGUCCGCGUAAUUCAGUAAUGUUGGACAGCCCGGUUUAUAUUCAGUUAAAGCAGGGGUGUACUUUUUAGCCCCAUACAAAAAGAAGGUGAGUGUAACCAGAGCACGUACUUGAACGUAUGCUAAUUUAAAGAUGGAAUAUCUACACGCUGAAAAUGUUUGAGGAAACUGCACCCAAACCUGGUUUAAUGCACACCAGCAACAACUACUUUCAGGUUUGAACGAAGACCAUUUCUACCGACGGCAGUGCAGAAAACUGAGCUAGGAAGUGCUUCCAUCUUAUCCAUUGCUGGUAAAACGCAGAGAAACAACUGAAGCUUUUCCCAGAAGGAGUGAAUGGUUAUUCAGUUCAAGUAGAAUAUGGAGGCGGGCUGAUUCACAGCGCAAUCAAAUCCAAAUGAAGUUAACUAUCAACAAAAAAGUACCAUGUUGCCUAAGCCAACUUGUGUUGCUCCAACUGCCGUGACGGCCAGUGAACAU